GCUGCAGCUCCUUACCCGUUCCCUGGUUCCGAGGAUUCUGACCCGACCCGCGGCGCAAAGAGAGCCUGACCCCCAGCGCAAAGGGAGCCUGACCCACAGCGCAAAGGGAGCCUGAUCCACAGAGACUGACCCGCAGCGCAAAGGGAGUCUGACCCACACAGACUGACCCCCAGCGCAAAGGGAGUCUGACCCACAGAGACUGACCCCCAGCGCAAAGGGAGUCUGACCCACAGAGACUGACCCCCAGCGCAAAGGGAGUCUGACCCACAGAGACUGACCCCCAGCGCAAAGGGAGUCUGACCCACAGAGACUGACCCCCAGCGCAAAGGGAGUCUGACCCACAGAGACUGACCCGCAGCGCAAAGAGUGCGUGACCCGCUACAGAACGUCCCACAUUGGAGGGUCCUACAGGGAGCUCCGCUGGGGACAAGGGGGGCUAAGGGAUAGCUGAUUGCCCCCCUAGCACCCAGCAUGCGUACUGAGGCCGGGCUCUGGGCUAGUACUUACCCCUUCUGACUUGCCCCCCACCCCAAGCCACACCAUGAAGGUCCCGUUGCUCGCCGUGCUGCUGCUGGGUGCUGCCUGCGCCUCUGCCAACUUUAUAUUCCCAUUAAAGGUCUCCCCUGCUGAAAUGAAGGGCGCAGUGCCUGUGGCCCCAGUAACCCCCAAGGGUGCGCCUGGGCUUCUCCUGGCAUCCGACCCCGGGGGCCAAAUAAACUUCUUCUCUAUGGUGGACAAUCUGGAAGGGGACUCUGGCAGGGGCUACUACUUGGAGUUACUGAUUGGCACUCCUCCUCAGAAGAUGAACAUCUUGGUGGACACGGGAAGCAGUAAUUUCGCUGUUGCUGGCGCCCUAAAUCCUGACAUUACGACGUUCUUCGACUCAAAGUUGUCGACAUCGUAUGAGCCCCUAAAUACACAAGUGACAGUUAGAUACACACAAGGCAGCUGGACCGGGCUGCUCGGGAAGGAUGUGAUCUCCAUGCCCAAAGGAGUGAAUGGCACGUUCCUGAUCAACAUCGCUUCGAUCUUUCAGUCUGAGAACUUCUUUCUGCCCAACAUCAACUGGCAAGGGAUCCUAGGCCUGGCAUACAGCACUUUGGCAAAGCCCUCAAGCUCCGUGGAACCAUUCUUCGAUUCCCUGGUUCAACAAGAGAACAUUCCCAAUAUAUUCUCCAUGCAGAUGUGUGGGGCGGGCCAGCCCUCUCCUGGCAUUGGCAUCAACGCGGGCAGCCUGGUUCUGGGCGGCAUUGAGCCGAGCUUGUACCAAGGGGACAUCUGGUACACCCCCAUUACAGAGGAGUGGUACUAUCAGGUUGAAGUGCUGAAGUUUGAAGUUGGCGGUCAGAACCUAAACCUGGACUGCACAGUGUACAACUCUGAUAAAGCCAUCGUGGAUAGUGGAACAACUCUGUUGCGCCUUCCUGACAAGGUCUUUAAUGCCAUGGUGGAUGCCAUUGUACAGACCUCUCUGAUACAGAAUUUUAAUGCCGAGUUCUGGGCCGGCCUGCAGCUUGCCUGUUGGGAUAAGACUCAAGACCCGUGGAACUACUUCCCAGAUAUCUCCAUCUAUCUAAGGGAUACCAACAGCAGCCGAUCUUUCCGUCUAACUCUGAAACCUCAGCUCUAUAUCCAGUCCGUGUUGACCUUCCAGGAGAGUCUGAACUGCUUCCGCUUUGGGAUCUCCCAGUCGGCCAGCGCUUUGGUGAUCGGGGCCACGGUAAUGGAAGGCUUUUAUGUCAUCUUCGACAGAGCCGAGAAGCGAGUUGGCUUCGCCGUCAGCAGCUGCGCAGAGGUGUCCGGCAUCACCGUGUCUGAAAUCGCAGGGCCGUUUGGCACGUCGGACGUAUCGAGCAACUGCAUCGCCCGGAACCCCCUCAGGGAGCCAAUCAUGUGGAUCAUAUCGUACUCCCUAAUGAGCCUGUGCGGGAUGAUCCUCCUGGUGCUCGUCAUUCUGCUCCUGCUGCCCAACCGGCACCGCCGCGACGACAUGGAAACCGUCAACGACGAGUCUUCGUUGGUCCAACACCGCUGGAAAUGACUCCCGUUGGCCGGGGAGGGGAGCGUACGGUCUGAACUCCAACCCAGCUAAUAAAGAGUUAAACCUUUAUUUCCUCCUUUGCUGCUCGAGACUGUGUUUAGUGCAGCCGAUUGGUCGGCUCCUGCUGCCAAAUCCGCCGCCACUGACGACAUUCCCGUAUCUCGUAAAACUUGAAAUGACGGAAAUUGGCGACUCCAGAGAGGAGACUCCCGAUACUACUGUACUGAGUGGCUCGUUCUUCGGCUGGAUGCACUGUGUUCUACGUGCCUUCGGGUUAAAGCCUAGAACCUUCGUGGCGAAGGAACGGUUAUUACCUUUAUUAAUUUUCCUAUGCACUUACUGUAUGUAAUGGCUCUCAGGCUCUCCUGUCUUUCCUAAACCCCCCCCCCCCCCAAAUUAUAAUGUUGAGGUACCUCCCAAUAUGUAAGUAAGUAUGGGGGCGGGGCAUAAGUCCUUAUAACAUGCAAGGGUCAAUGCAUUAUGUCACGGUGACAUCACAAAGCACUGAUAAUGAUCUCAUAAUGCACCGGUUAUAAGGGUAUAUAGUCUAUUCUGUACAAUAUAAAUAACUUAUAUUGCCCCCCCUUGUUACACCUUAGUGCCUUAUUUCACCCAGAAACAUGAGACUGUGCAACCGGGCUUAAUGUGAUGCCAACGUGGACUUUUGUCACCAACCAACGUGGACUUUUGUCACCAACCAACGUGGACUUUUGUCACCAACCAACGUGGACUUUUGUCACCAACCAACGUGGACUUUUGUCACCAACCAACGUGGACUUUUGUCACCAACCAACGUGGACUUUUGUCACCAACCAACGUGGACUUCUGUCACCAUUCUGUCAGGGCGCGGAAAGAUUGUGAGGCCCUUGCCACGGGUCACCGUACUCAGGAUUUGUUUGGCGUCACCGAAGGGCGUAUGCCAUGAACACGUCACUCAGUGUACUAGCCACGGGGCUAGCUGCUGCUGCUGCUGCUGUGUGUAUGGGGAUAGCGGAGAGACCAGUGCAAAGAUUUACACUUGGGUUAUAUCACUAGAGCUUUUUUUUUUAUUUCACUACAGUUGUGCAAAAGGUGUAACUUGUUAUUGUGGGCCAGUAAUUUAGGGAUAAGUAAACCUCAAUAUAAUGGAUUUUGUAACCACAGCGCCACCUGCUGGUCAGUUCCAGUAACUGUACAGACAGGCAGAGAGACUUCUCUGUUUUCCUUCCCUUUUAAGGUUUACUUAUCCUUUAAUGUAGUAUUUGUAUUCCCAGUAAUUUUUGUGUAGUGUCGGACUGGGCCUUGUCGGGCUGACCAGAGAAGCUGCCACUGUCACACCGAACAAUGAACAUGUUGUAGAAUGCAAAAAAUUACAGUAAAGUGCAAAGGUGCUCGGAAGAUUUUGCGUUAUUUUUCUUUUCCUCUGUUUUCGUGAUACUAGCAGUUUUGCGCUGCUAAUGUCAUAAAUGAGUAAUAUUGGCGCCCCCUGGUGUUCUGUCCGGUAUAAAUGCAAACGUUUUCAUUCCGGUUACAUCUUGUGGCGCUUCUCUGCUCAGUCCUAUUGAUUGAGGAGGCUCCAUGUUGUACGUUUAUGAUAAAAGCAGCGUAUAAACUGCUAAAGUAACGAAAACAAAAAGAAUAGAAUUAUUCAUGUACGUUAAGGUGGGGGCGUAGCAUCACUCGGCAGAGGGCGGGGCCUUGGAUCCUGAAGGGGAACUUGGGCAUAGGGAGUCUGAACAUUUGAGGAUUGGGGGUUGAAAAUAAUAAAGGGGUGAUGUGACCCAGGGCCCAGUCCUACCAGAACAUCCCAUGGUACUGUGGGCAGGCCAGUCUGACCUAUAUUCCUAAGGGCACACAGCGUAUUCUCACUGUAUGAAAAAUACUGCAUUUCAUGUUUGUUUUUUUACAGCAAACGUCGAUGUACUUUUUUCAACGUCAUUAAACAGGUUUUUCUUCUUUCA